AUGUGCAUUUAUCUUGUUGUUUAUGUUGAUGACAUUGUCAUCACUGGUGAUCAUGCAACUAGAAUUCAACAACUCAAAGAGCACCUUUCACAGCAAUUUCAUACUAAAGAUUUAGGCCCUCUCAAAUAUUUCUUAGGCAUUGAAGUUGCUCAAUCUUCUUCUGGCAUUAUUAUUAAUCCACGUAAGUGUGCCAUGAACAUUCUUAUAGAAACCAGUAUGCCUGAUUGUCGUCCUUGUAAUACUUUUAUGCAUCCCAAUAUCAAGCUUUUUCUAGGUCAGGGGGAGCCAUUGAAAGAGCAGAAAGAUAUCACUGCUUGGUCACCAUCAGAUAGAAGAUCCACUUCUGGGUACUGUGUUGUUAUCGAAGGAAACAUGAUCUCAUGGAGAAGUAAGAAGCAAAACAUAGUUGUCAGAUCCAGUGCAGAAGCAGAAUAUCAUGCUACAGCACCAGCCACUUGUGAGCUUAUGUGGCUUAGGCAACUACUACUAUAA